GUGUAUAAAACUCUCUGAGAUGUAUAUCUUUGCAAGAGCAUUUCUUGUACACGUCAGUAUCAGUGAAAACCCGACCAGUAAGCGUCAGAUCUGCUGCUGAGUGAUUUACAUGACAUUACAGAAUGCAUUCUUUCCUGAGAAUCGUGGUGUGCGCUUAUUUGAUUUCACCUCCAGGCCACGCUUUCACCCUCGUUCACCAGACCCCGCGAUCAGUCACUGCUCAGCCCGGCGAAAGUGUGGAUUUGACAUGCUCCUUCAAUGGAACCGGUCAGGAGACUACGCAAGUUAGAUGGUUCAGAUAUGCAACUAAUAAGACCUCGCUUCAAAUCAACAUCUGUUAUCGUCACAACGUGACUUCACAAUUUAUUAACCGCGCAGCUGUCACGGAAAACAAUUCUACAAGCAUAUUGUCCCUUGAUGCCCUCCUCCCGGAGGACACUGGAGUUUAUGUCUGUGAGGUUGAGAGGUGGAUCCCGGAACCUUUUAUUAAGAAACAGGGGAACGGCACCCUGGUUAAUAUUGCAGCUUUGUUUUCGAGAAACAAGCACCCAGCUGAUAUCAUCUACUACAUUGCAAGCGUGCUAAUACUAGCGCUGGUCCUGGGAAUCGUUGCUGUCGUUCGUUUCAAGCGCACAGUUAAUUCAUCGGUUUCGCGUGUGCCUGGCAUUCAAGGACUCGGCACACCUGAGUGUAUUCCUGAGCAGGACAGCCUGUGCUCACGGCCGGACACGCAGGAAGUGUGCUAUGCAAGUCUGAAUUUCAACAACAGACCCAGGACCACAGACCCGAUUAGGACGGGAUUAAUGCCUGCACAAUACGAAGCAACAGAAAACAACCUGCCGGCGAAAGGAAAGGCAGACCCCUUCAGAAGGAGGCGCUCAGAAUAAACACCCGAAAAGACAAGACGAGUGUGAGAAGAGAAGACCCGAAGAGGAGCCGGAGGUGCUAUACUCACACGUUAGACCGUGAUUUCAAUGCUGUGCUGUAUAAACGUGACAAUGGGCGCUACACAACUAUCCAUCUGUGUGUGUGUGUGUGU